CUACUUGCUGCAAAGUCCAAAGUCCCAAGGGCCACGGUCGAACCACACUCUCACCAACCCCGCCACCACCAUGGCCGACCGCCUCGCCGCAGCCGCCGCCCUCCGCGCCGCCGCUCCGGCCCGCCCCUCCCCGUCCGCCCGCCGCGCCGGGCCAUCCAACUCCGCCUUCUUCCCCUCCUCGUCCUCGUCCUCCGCGGCUCGCCGCCUCGUCAGCCUCCGCGCAGCGCCUUCCCAGAAGGCCAAGGCGGCGGGGAGGGGGCGGUCGGUGAGGUGCAUGGCGGCGGCGUCGGACGCGGCGCAGCUCAAGGCCGCGCGCCAGGACAUCAGGGAGCUGCUCAAAACAACCCACUGCCACCCCAUCCUGGUUCGUCUGGGAUGGCAUGAUUCUGGCACAUAUGACAGGAAUAUUAAGGAUUGGCCAGAACGAGGUGGAGCUAAUGGAAGUUUAAGAUUUGAUGUUGAAUUGAAGCAUGGAGCCAAUGCCGGUUUGGUAAAUGCUCUAAAGCUUGUGCAACCGAUCAAGGACAAAUAUCCGAGCAUCACUUACGCAGAUUUAUUCCAGUUGGCAAGUGCUACAGCAAUUGAGGAAGCUGGUGGCCCAAAGCUUCCAAUGAAGUAUGGACGUGUUGAUGUCACAGGACCUGAGCAGUGUCCACCAGAGGGGAAGCUUCCUGAUGCUGGCCCCAGUGCACCUGCUGACCACUUGAGGGCUGUAUUCUACAGAAUGGGCCUUGAUGACAAGGAAAUUGUUGCUUUAUCUGGGGCACAUACCCUUGGAAGGUCUAGGCCUGAACGGAGCGGCUGGGGGAAACCUGAAACAAAAUAUACUAAAAAUGGCCCUGGUGCACCUGGUGGGCAAUCGUGGACACCUGAAUGGCUGAAGUUUGAUAACAGUUACUUCAAGGAGAUAAAAGAGAAGAGAGAUCAGGAUCUUCUGGUCUUGCCUACGGAUGCCGCAUUGUUUGAGGACCCAACAUUCAAGGUCUAUGCAGAGCAAUACGCAUCGGACCAAGAGGCAUUCUUCAAAGACUAUGCGGAGGCUCAUGCUAAACUGAGCAGCCUGGGCUCAAAGUUCGAUCCUGCCGAGGGAUUCUCCUUGGACGAUUAGUGAGUGCCGCGCGUGAACCAGAUCCAGCCAAGGGCUCGUCCAAAAGGAUCAAGCCCAUUGUUCCUCCAAUUUCGUAUCACCACACAGGACGAGGCAUUUUCCCAGCUUCUUGUCAUGCUACAAGAUAGAGGUUUUUCUUUCCAGGUUCGGCAAGCCGUUAGAUGUGGGAACUGAGAUCGUGAGUGUAAAAAAUAAUAGUGCAUCUGCUGACAAACAGAUUUGGACCAUGUAUGUGAACCUUCAGAGGGAGCACCCCUGAUUCGAUGAGGAAUCCAUUUUUAUUCCGAA